CCAAUCCUUCCAUCGCCGAACCGUCUGGAAACUUCGGAAUCGGAAGCCGGAAUCAGAGAGGGCGAGCUGUAUAAAUGGGCGACGACCCCGUGCUGGCCCCGACGAGCUUUUGCCCGCCUCAAGUACGAAAACAGUACAGAGCGAAAGGACAGGGCUCACUGUACUUUCUCCCUGCCUUUUCUCUCCGCCUGAUCCAUGGUCUGCUCCUGUAAGCCUUUCCUGUUCAAUCACUCUCUCUACCUUUUCUCUCUGAUGAUUUCCUAAAUUGGCCCAGCAGCAUUGCCAAUUCGCCAAUUCGAACAAGUUCGCUUUUGCUACUGCUCCAUUUCUUCAGAGAACCGUCUUUUCCCCUUCGUCCUUGUUUGCCUCUGCUUGCUAUUUGAUUCAGAAAAGAUCAUUUACGGGAUUUGAUUAGCUGGAGGGCGAGUUUUGUUUAGCGAACAUUGCCCUCCACUAAUUCGCCAGGUUCUUGAUUCUUUCUCGACCCCAAUUUUCCCCUGGUCUGAAUAGCAGCGACCUGCAGUCCCUAAUCCCCAAUCUCCCGUUACUACAUUGUCUCUGUCUUUCUCUUUGUUUCAUCAUGGAUCCGUUCAAGUUCAACGGCAUUGUGAAAGAGGAGGAAUUCGAGUACUUCACCGGCGCCGCAGCGGAUGGCUAUGCGCCGUCCACUUGGGCCGCCGCGGAUGGCUCUUCCCCGUCCUCGUGGGAUGGCGCCGCAGGUGCCAUGGUGGAGCUGCCACGGCCGAUGGACGGGCUCGGCGAGGCCGGCCCGACGCCGUUCCUGAACAAGACGUACGAGGUGGUAGACGACCACAGCACGGACACAAUAAUCUCGUGGGGCGUCGCCGGGAACAGCUUCGUGGUCUGGGACGCGCAGGCCUUCUCCACCGUGCUCCUGCCGCGCUACUUCAAGCACAGCAACUUCUCCAGCUUCGUCCGCCAGCUCAACACCUAUGGGUUCAGGAAGGUUGAUCCAGACAGGUGGGAGUUCGCGGCGGAGGGGUUCCUGCGGGGCCAGAAGGAGCUGCUGAAGACCAUCAGGCGGCGGCGGCCGCAGUCGAGCGCGCCGCCCGCGCUGCUGCAGCAGCGAGAGCAAGGGGCGGGGCCGUGCCUGGAGGUGGGGCAGUUCGGGCACGAGGGCGAGGUGCACUGCCUGCUGCGCGACAAGGGCAUCCUGAUCGCGGAGGUGGUGAAGCUGCGGCAGGAGCAGCAGGCGACGCGGGAGCUGAUGGAGGCCAUGGAGGCGCGCAUCGCCUCCACGGAGCAGAAACAGCAGCAGAUGACGGUGUUCCUGGCCCGCGCGAUGAAGAGCCCGAGCUUCCUCCAGAUGCUCGUUGACCGGCAGGACCGGCAGGCGCGGCGCAGGGAGCUCCAGGACGCGCUCUCCAAGAAGCGCCGCCGCCCUCCAAUCGAGUAUCUCCCGCCACGCAACAGCGCCAGCUACAGCCCCGCGGCGAUGCACGGCUACAGCCCCGGGCUCGCUGACGGCGCGGUCAGAGCGGACGGAGGCGAGAGAGGGCGUGCAAACGGCGGCGGCGGCGAAGACACGGAGCGCUUCUGGAUGGAGCUGCUGAGCCUGGGCCUGGAGGAGAAGCAGAGAGAGACUGGGGGCGGAGGAAGCGCCGAGGUGGACGACGACGUGGACGAUGAGGUGGACGUGCUGAUGCAGAGCCUGUACCACCUCGACCCGAACCGGCCCCACAACCACGAGUAAGGGGAGAAGGUUCCAGAAGCUUAAGCUUGGAGAAGGUAGGGUAGGCGGAGGAGCAUGAACCAACUCAACCCAAACCGGCCUCACAAACCGGAGUGAAAGGAGAAGGUUCGAGAAGUUUCGAAUUGGAGAAGGUAGGGUAGGAGCCGGAGCAAGAACCGCUGGUACUGGUAGUGCUCCAUUCCAUGUGUUGGUUUCCUUUGUUCUUUUACUAGUAGUAGCACCUGACAUCUUGUCGGGGCCCGCGGGCCUGCAUGCGCAAGUUGCCCAAAGAAGAAAGGGGCAUGCCGCUCUGGGCAGGCGUGGUGGAAUAAUUUUUCGAGAUGCUUACUGAAUUUAGUAGUCCCAGUGGACGUAGUAGAUCCUGAUUCCUGACGAGGCAAUGAUGAAGCUGCGGAAUGGUGACGCAAAGGUGCUUCACUCCUGCAAAUGGGCGAUCGUCUUCUUCCUCGCUUACUUAGCUCCUCUGAACUCAGAACGAUACCCCGGGAGCUUCCAGUCCUCCUGUUCGUCCUCCUCUAUCCUCUGUCAUUUUAGUCCGAGCUGCCUACACCGGUGAGGUCGUAGAGCUACUGCCCGUUGCAUAUUGCACCUCUCAUGUUGGAGGAUGCGAGUUGUUCUAUGUUUAUACAAGUCCGUCUACAUCGAUCCAGGUAAAUAUUGAAAAGUAUAACAUCUGUUUAGUGCAAGUUGCAGCCCUGAUAUGUGGGGAACCAAUAUUAUAUCCCUUUGUUGAGGAAAAAGGUUCACUCCAA